GCCGCCAGCAGGGAGCUCCCUCUCGGCUCGGCUCGCGCGGCCGCGGGGGGCGGCGCUGGGCUGCGCCGCGCUGCGCUCCAGCCCGGACCGGGCCGGGCCGCUGGAUGCCGCGUCUCCGCUGCUGCUGCCCGCCGGGCCGGCUCCGGCGGCCGCAGCAAGGUGGGACCCAGAGGCCCUGUGCUGAGCACCCAUAACCCUCCGGGGGUACCCCCCCCAACAUAGCACCCCCACCAUGUUUAACCUAAUGAAGAAGGACAAGGACAGGGAUGGGGGGCGCAAGGAGAAGAAGGAGAAGAAGGAGAAGGAGCGGAUGUCGGCGGCCGAGCUGAGGAGCCUGGAGGAGAUGAGCCUGCGACGAGGCUUCUUCAACCUGAACCGCUCCUCCAAGCGGGAGUCCAAGGCGCGCCUGGAGAUCUCCAACCCCAUCCCCAUCAAGGUGGCCAGCGGCUCCGACCUGCACCUCACCGACAUCGACUCCGACAGCAACAGGGGCAGCGUCAUCCUGGACUCGGGCCACCUCAGCACAGCCAGCUCCAGCGACGACCUCAAGGGCGAGGAGGGCGGCUUCCGGUGCUCCGUGCUGCAGCGCGCCGCCAAGUUCGGCUCCCUGGCCAAGCAGAACUCCCAGACGACCGUCAAGCGCUUCUCCUUCUCCCAGCGCAGCCGGGACGAGAGCGCCUCCGAGACCUCCACCCCCUCGGAGCACUCGGCGGCCCCGUCCCCGCAGGUGGAGGCGAGGACUCUGGAGGGACAGCUGGCGCAGCACCUUGGCCCGGGCCACCCUCGCCCGGGGCCCCGGCCCCAGGUCCCUGAGCUGGUGACGAAGAGGUUCCCGGCGGACCUGCGCCUGCCCCCCGUGGUGCCCCCGCCGCCCCCUGCCCUCCGGGAGCUGGAGCUGCAGCGGAGGCCCACCGGGGACUUCGGCUUCUCCCUGCGGCGCACCACCAUGCUGGACCGCGGCCCCGACGGCCAGGUCUACCGGAGGGUGGUCCACUUCGCCGAGCCGGGUGCGGGCACCAAGGACCUGGCCCUGGGGCUGGUGCCGGGGGAUCGCCUGGUGGAGAUUAACGGGCACAACGUGGAGAGCAAGUCCCGGGACGAGAUCGUGGAGAUGAUCCGGCAGUCGGGGGACAGCGUGCGGCUCAAGGUGCAGCCCAUCCCGGAGCUCAGCGAGCUCAGCCGGAGCUGGCUGCGGAGCGGCGAGGGGCCCCGCAGGGAGCCGGCCGAUGCAGGAGCUGCCCCCGAGGUCCGGCUGAGCCCCGCGGAGGAGGCCCACCUGCGGCUGGAGAGGAUCUUCACCGCCUCUCUGGACCCCGAGGCCGCCUCUCCUGCCCACAGCCAGGUAGGGUGUUCCUGUCCCCCCCAGGAGCCCUCCACUUCCUCCGGCGACCACCUGCCACCCCCGGCCUGUACCUGGGCCGGCGUCUGUGCUCGGGCCUCCUGCUGGAGCGUGAAGACAGAGGAGCAGAUUGCCGCGGAGGAGGCCUGGCAUGAGACAGAGAAGGUGUGGCUGGUCCAUAAGGACGGCUUCUCCCUGGCCAGCCAGCUCAAAUCCCAGGAGCUCAGCCUGCCCGAGGGGAAGGUGCGCGUGAAGCUGGACCACGAUGGCGCCAUCCUGGACGUGGACGAGGACGACGUGGAGAAGGCCAACGCCCCGUCCUGCGACCGCCUGGAAGACCUGGCCUCGCUGGUGUACCUCAACGAGUCCAGCGUGGUGCACACCCUGCGCCAGCGCUACGGCGCCGGCCUGCUGCACACGUACGCCGGCCCCAGCCUGCUGGUCCUCAGCCCCCGCGGGGCCCCCGCGCUGUACUCCGAGAAGGUGAUGCACAUGUUCAAGGGGUGUCGGCGGGAGGACAUGGCGCCCCACAUCUACGCCGUGGCCCAGACGGCGUACCGGGCGAUGCUGAUGAGCCGCCAGGACCAGUCCAUCGUCCUCCUGGGCAGCAGCGGCAGCGGCAAGACCACCAGCUGCCAGCACCUGGUGCAGUACCUGGCCACCAUCGCGGGCACCGGCGGGAACAAGGUGUUUUCUGCAGACAAGUGGCAGGCCCUGUACACCCUGCUGGAGGCCUUCGGCAACAGCCCCACCGUCAUGAACGGCAACGCCACCCGCUUCUCCCAGAUCCUCUCCCUGGACUUCGACCAAGCUGGCCAGGUGGCCUCGGCCUCCAUUCAGACGAUGCUCCUGGAGAAGCUGCGUGUGGCUCGGCGCCCGGCCGGCGAGGCCACGUUCAAUGUCUUCUACUACCUGCUGGCCUGUGGGGAUGGCACCCUCAGGACAGAGCUCCACUUGAACCACUUGUCGGAGAACAACGUGUUCGGGAUUGUGCCCCUGGCCAAGCCGGAGGAGAAGCAGAAGGCGGCCCAGCAGUUCAGUAAGCUGCAGGCGGCCAUGAAGGUGCUGGGUGUCUCUCCGGACGAGCAGAAAGCCUGCUGGCUCAUCCUGGCCGCCAUCUACCACCUGGGGGCCGCGGGGGCCACCAAAGAGGCCCCUGAGGAACAAGAGGAAGCUGCUGAAGGUGGGCGCAAGCAGUUUGCCCGCCACGAGUGGGCCCAGAAGGCCGCGUACCUGCUGGGCUGCAGCCUGGAGGAGCUCUCCUCAUCCAUCUUCAAGCACCAGCACAAGGGGAGCACCCUGCAGCGCUCCACCUCCUUCCGCCAGGGCCCCGAGGAGAGCGGCCUGGGAGACGGGACAGGCCCCAAACUGAGUGCGCUGGAGUGCUUAGAGGGCAUGGCGUCCGGCCUCUACAGCGAGCUCUUCACCCUGCUUGUCUCUCUGGUGAACCGGGCUCUCAAGUCCAGCCAGCACUCGCUCUGCUCUAUGAUGAUUGUGGAUACUCCGGGCUUCCAGAACCCCGAGCAGGGCGGGGCGGUCCGCGGGGCCUCCUUCGAGGAGCUGUGCCACAACUACGCCCAGGACCGGCUGCAGAAGCUCUUCCACGAGCGCACCUUUGUGCAGGAGCUGGAGCGAUACAAGGAGGAGAACAUCGAGCUGGCGUCUGACGACCCGGAGCCGGCCACGGACGAUGCUGUGUCUGCCGUGGACCAGGCCUCCCAUCAGUCCCUGGUCCGCUCCUUGGCCGGCACAGACGAGGCCAGGGGCCUGCUGUGGCUAUUGGAGGAGGAGGCUCUGGUGCCAGGGGCCACGGAGGAGGCCCUCCUGGAACGCCUUUUCUCCUACUACGGCCCCCAGGAAGGCGACAAAAAAGGCCAAAGGCCCCUCCUGCGCAGCAGCAAACCGCGCCAUUUCCUGCUGGGCCACAGCCACGGCACCAACUGGGUGGAGUACAAUGUGGCUGGCUGGCUGAGCUACACCAAGCAGAACCCGGCUACCCAGAAUGCCCCCCGGCUCCUGCAGGACUCCCAGAAGAAAAUCAUCAGCAACCUGUUCCUGGGCCGGGCGGGCGGCGCCACGGUGCUCUCGGGCUCCAUCGCGGGCCUGGAGGGAGGCUCGCAGCUGGCGCUGCGCCGGGCGGCCAGCAUGCGGAAGACCUUCACCACGGGCAUGGCGGCGGUCAAGAAGAAGUCCCUGUGCAUCCAGAUCAAGCUGCAGGUGGAUGCCCUCAUUGACACCAUCAAGAAGUCGAAGCUGCAUUUCGUGCACUGCUUCCUGCCUGUGGCCGAGGGCUGGGCCGGGGAGCCCCGGUCCGCCUCCUCCCGCCGAGUCAGCAGCAGCAGCGAGCUGGACCUGCCCUCAGGAGACCACUGCGAGGCCGGGCUCCUGCAGCUGGACGUGCCCCUGCUUCGCGCCCAGCUCCGUGGUUCCCGCCUGCUUGACGCCAUGCGCAUGUACCGCCAAGGUUACCCCGACCACAUGGUGUUUUCUGAGUUCCGCCGCCGCUUUGACGUCCUGGCCCCACACCUGACCAAGAAACACGGGCGCAACUACAUCGUCGUGGACGAAAGACGGGCGGUGGAGGAGCUGCUGGAGUCCUUGGACCUGGAGAAGAGCAGCUGCUGCAUGGGCCUGAGCCGGGUGUUCUUCCGGGCGGGCACCUUGGCACGGCUGGAGGAGCAACGGGACGAGCAGACCAGCAGGAACCUGACCCUGUUCCAGGCGGCCUGCAGGGGCUACCUGGCCCGGCAGCACUUCAAGAAGAAAAAGAUCCAGGACCUGGCCAUCCGCUGUGUGCAGAAGAACAUCAAGAAGAACAAAGGGGUGAAGGACUGGCCCUGGUGGAAGCUCUUCACCACCGUGCGGCCCCUCAUCGAGGUGCAGCUGUCCGAGGAGCAGAUCCGGAGCAAAGACGAGGAGAUCCAGCAGCUGCGGGGCAAGCUCGAGAAAGUGGAGAAGGAGCGGAAUGAGCUGCGUCUCAACAGUGACCGGCUGGAGACCCGGAUCUCAGAGCUGACAUCGGAGCUGACAGAUGAGCGUAACACGGGAGAGUCCGCCUCCCAGCUGCUGGACGCGGAGACCGCCGAGAGGCUCCGAGCGGAGAAGGAGAAGAAGGAGCUGCAGACCCAGUACGAUGCACUGAAGAAGCAAAUGGAGGUGAUGGAGGUGGAGGUGAUGGAGGCCCGCCUUAUCCGGGCGGCCGAGAUCAACGGGGAAGUGGACGACGACGAUGCAGGAGGCGAGUGGCGCCUGAAGUAUGAGCGGGCUGUGCGGGAGGUGGACUUCACCAAGAAGCGGCUCCAGCAGGAGUUCGAGGACAAGCUGGAGGUGGAGCAGCAGAACAAGAGGCAGCUGGAGAGGCGGCUCGGGGAUCUGCAGGCCGACAGUGAGGAGAGCCAGCGGGCCCUGCAGCAGCUCAAGAAGAAGUGCCAGCGGCUGACGGCCGAGCUGCAGGACACCAAGCUGCACCUGGAGGGCCAGCAGGUCCGCAACCACGAGCUGGAGAAGAAGCAGAGGAGGUUUGACAGCGAGCUCUCGCAGGCACACGAGGAGGCUCAGCGGGAGAAGCUGCAGCGGGAGAAGCUGCAGCGGGAGAAGGACAUGCUCCUCGCCGAGGCUUUCAGCCUGAAGCAGCAGCUGGAGGAAAAAGACAUGGACAUUGCAGGGUUCACACAGAAGGUCGUCUCCCUGGAGGCUGAGCUCCAGGACAUCUCCUCCCAAGAGUCCAAGGAUGAAGCCUCUCUGGCCAAGGUCAAGAAGCAGCUCCGGGACCUGGAGGCCAAGGUCAAGGACCAGGAAGAGGAGCUGGAUGAGCAGGCGGGGACCAUCCAGAUGCUGGAACAGGCCAAGCUGCGGCUCGAGAUGGAGAUGGAGCGGAUGAGACAGACCCACUCCAAGGAGAUGGAGAGUCGGGACGAGGAGGUGGAGGAGGCCCGGCAGUCGUGUCAGAAGAAGUUAAAACAAAUGGAGGUGCAGCUGGAGGAGGAAUAUGAGGACAAGCAGAAGGUGCUGCGAGAGAAGCGGGAACUGGAGGGCAAGCUCACCACGCUCAGCGACCAGGUGAGCCAGCGGGACUUCGAGUCGGAGAAGCGGCUGCGGAAAGACCUGAAGCGCACCAAGGCCCUGCUGGCGGACGCCCAGAUCAUGCUGGACCACCUGAAGAACAACGCGCCCAGCAAGAGGGAGAUCGCCCAGCUGAAGAACCAGCUGGAGGAAUCCGAGUUCACCUGUGCAGCCGCCGUGAAAGCACGCAAAGCAAUGGAGGUGGAGAUCGAAGACCUGCACCUGCAGAUUGACGACAUCGCCAAAGCCAAGACAGCGCUGGAGGAGCAGCUGAGCCGCCUUCAGCGUGAGAAGAACGAGAUCCAGAACCGGCUGGAGGAGGAUCAGGAAGACAUGAAUGAGCUGAUGAAGAAGCACAAGGCAGCUGUGGCUCAGGCCUCCCGGGACCUGGCUCAGAUGAAUGACCUCCAAGCUCAGCUAGAAGAAGCCAACAAGGAGAAGCAAGAGCUGCAGGAGAAGCUCCAGGCCCUCCAGAGCCAAGUGGAGUUCCUACAGCAGUCCAUGGUGGACAAGUCCCUGGUGAGCAGACAGGAGGCGAAGAUCCGAGAGCUGGAGACGCGCCUGGAGUUCGAAAGGACCCAAGUGAAGCGGCUGGAGAGCCUGGCCAGCCGGCUCAAGGAGAACAUGGAGAAGCUGACGGAGGAGCGGGACCAGCGCGCAGCAGCCGAGAACCGGGAGAAAGAGCAGAACAAGCGGCUGCAGCGGCAGCUCCGGGACACCAAGGAGGAGAUGGGCGAGCUGGCGCGGAAGGAGGCCGAGGCGAGCCGCAAGAAGCACGAACUGGAAAUGGACCUGCAGAGCCUGGAGGCUGCUAACCAGAGCCUGCAGGCCGAUCUAAAGCUGGCAUUCAAGCGCAUCGGGGACCUGCAGGCCGCCAUUGAGGAUGAGAUGGAGAGCGACGAGAACGAGGACCUCAUCAACAGUUUGCAGGACAUGGUGACAAAAUAUCAGAAAAGAAAAAAUAAACCCGAGGGCGACUCGGAUGUGGACUCGGAGCUGGAGGACCGGGUCGACGGGGUCAAGUCGUGGUUGUCGAAAAACAAGGGGCCCUCCUCCAAGGCAACUUCCGAGGACGGCAGCUUGAAGAGCUCCAGAACGGCCCUCUGCGCCCCCGGGAAGGAGGGGAAGGAGGGCAAGGGGGCGGAGGAGCGGCCGGCCUCGGCCCUGAGCUCCCUGAGCUACCGGAAGAGGCUCGCCCUGAAGGACUCCAUCGGGGGCACGGGGGACGCGGAGUCCCUCUUCAGCACCCUGAGCGAGCGGCCCGCCUCCCCCGAGCGGCCCCCGCGGAAGGCCCGCCCGGGCCCCCGGGGGCAGCCGGAGGCGCGCGGCUCCGUCUUCUCCGAGGUCGGGGGCCGUGCCAGCCGGGGGCUGGAGAAGCGGUGGGGCUCCGACUUCGACGGGGCCUCCACCGUCUCCGCGCCCGUCAGCCGGGCCUCCUCGGCCACGCGGGGCGGCGCGGGCGAGGACGGCGCCCGCUCCUCCGUGAGCGUCUCCCUGUCGGGCUCGCCCAGCUCCCGCCGCAGCGCCUCCCGGCUGGACGGCCUGCCCGGGGCCUUCAGCCCUUCCUGGAGCCGGGCCUCGGGCCUCGGCCGGGACAGCCCCGACUCCCGCCUGUCCCUGGGCCGGGGCUGCCUGGAGGAGUGGGACGACGGGGCCAGCGUGGCCCUGAGCGAGGCGCCCUCCCAGUACGGCCCGCCGUCGCUGGCCCGCAGCCUGUCGGUGCCGCCGCCACGCGCCUCCUCCACCGCCGCCGCGGAGGAGCCUCUGGGCUCCGGCAUCCGCUCCGCCAGCCGGCACUCCUACCUGGACCCGGACCUGGAGGCCGCCAUCAACGAGGUGCUGAGCUACAAGCCCGUCCCGUUCCAGCGGACCAGCCUGGAGCCCGACUCGGAGGAGGACCGCAAGAGCAUCCGGAGCGCCCGGAGCGCCCAGCUGGGGUCCCCCGAGCCGGCCGCCAGCAUCCGCCGCUCCGCCUCCGCGGCCGAUGUCUCCCGGUCCCGGUCCCGCAGCCGCCGCAAGAGCCGGAGCAAGAGAAGGAGCCGCUCCAGCUCCAGCGCCAGCUCCAGCUCCAGCUCCGAGGACUCCUCGGAGCACAGGCGGCGGCGGAAGAAGGGGCGCUCGAGAAAGAGCAAGAAGAAGUCCAAGUCGAGGAGAAAGAGAGCGGAGGAGUCCGAGUCGGAGUCCUCAUCGUCCAGUGGCUCCACGGUCUCGGGCCACAGCCGCUCCAGCGUGAAGAAGGGGCCCGCCGCGGACAGCGAGGAGGCGGGGCAGGCGCCCCCGCCGUCUCGGAAGGAGGAGAAGAAGCGUAAGAAGGAGGUGGACAGCCUGAUGAUGCGGUACCUGUACCGGCCCGAGAGCGACUAGAGCACCCCACCAGCUACUGGAAGUCCCUUCCCCCUGACCGGUCAGAUGAAGAGCACGACCCUGUUGACAGCACCUCCAGGCCCCGACACUCCCACAGCUACCCGAGUGACAGCGACACAGAGGCCAAGCCAGCGGAGACCG